GUGAAUUGGGUUACGACGAUGAAUUUAAAGGGUUCGGUGUCCUACAACUGAAGGGCGUCAGUUUUAUUUACUACCCACACUCGUUCACCUCUCUCGUUCUCUUCUAACUUGUUUUGGCUCACCGCAGCCGUCCUCUCUUUGACAUGCGUUUCCUCAACUCUGCUGCGCUGCUUGCGCUUCCAUUCCUUGCCGGUGCUGCGCCUCUCCAAGAUGCUAGGUCAACGAAGGCCUACCAAAUGGGCAUCUUCUACGUGAACUGGGCUAUCUAUGGACGCCAGCAUUUUAUCACGGACCUACCUGCGGACAAGCUCACCAAGGUCACUUAUGCUUUCGCAAACGUGAACAGCACUACCGGCGAGGUCUUCCUCUCUGAUCUGUGGGCCGAUGUGCAAUUCGCUUAUCCUGGAGAUGUCGCCAGCAAUGGCACACAGCUGCUCGGCAACUUCAACCAAUUGUACAAACUCAAGCAACAAAACCGUAACCUGAAGACAAGUCUAUCUGUUGGAGGCUGGUCAUACAGGGCGAACUUCAAGACUGCGCUGGCAACUAGUGCUGGACGUUCCCUUUUCGCAGAAUCGACACUCAAGUUGAUCAUCGACCUCGGUCUCGAUGGUAUAGAUGUGGACUGGGAGUAUCCUGAAGAUGCUACCGAUGCCGCGAACCUCGUUGAGACCCUCAGGCUGUGUCGUGAGUUGUACGAUGAGUACUCUGCGAAGUACGCUUACGGAUACCACUUCAACGUCGAUGUAUCCGCGCCCGCAGGACCUAAGAACUACAACAAACUCGACAUUGCUGGCAUGGACCCCUACGUCACUCUAUGGAAUCUGAUGGCAUUCGACUACAUGGGCCCCGGAUUCUCGAACUACACUGGCCAUCUUAGCAACGUCUACCCUUCAAGGUCCAACCCUCGUGCGACAGACUUCAACACCGUGCAGGCGGUCGACCACUACACGUCACAGAUUGCCUCAUCCCGCAAGCUCAUUCUCGGUAUGCCACUCUACGGUCGUUCAUUUGCCAACACCAAUGGCCUCGGCCAGAAGUUCAACGGCUCUGGUGACGGCACCUGGGAGGCCGGUGUGCUCGACUACAAGGUGCUUCCUCUGAACGGCAGUACCGUUUACACCGACAAAAAGGCGAUUGCAUCCUGGUCAUACGACAAUGAAACUCGUCAGUUCGUCACCUUCGACACACCCGAGGUGCAGACCCUCAAGGCGAAGUAUCUGAAGAAGGAGAGGCUCGGCGGCGCUUGGUGGUGGGACUCGAGCUCUGAUCGCAAGGAUGACAAGAGUCUUGUUAGUACUGUCAGUGAGGCGCUGGGCGGUGUUCAGGGCCUUCAACUGAACCAGAAUAACUUGUACUACCCUUUGAGCAAGUACGACAACAUUCGUGGUACGGCCGCAAACGCAACUAUCGCACGCCUGCGUUGAAGGAGGGAAGAGCGACCCGCGCCUCUCCACCUUUACAGCCACCUUACUUCAUUACUUUAGAGUUAUUAUUCGCUCUCAUAGAGCUUAGAGGGUAUAUUUGUGGCCAACAG